CAUCAAUGGCGUUUGUGCACGACCUACCGAUUCAACCAGCGAAGAAGAAAAUUGGACCAGGAUGAAAAAUUAGCGAUAAUAGUUUCCUCUCACAUGUUCUUAAUUGUGGAUUUAUUUGUACAAAAAUGAAAUUGACGUGUGUUUUUAUCCCGUUUGGUUGCCAUUAGUACUGUCUGUCUGGCCAUCCUACAUUGCCCUGCAAUGUCCUCAAAUUCAAAUCGACCACCAUCAUGCUCGAUUGUGCACUUGACACCACGUCUGUCCUCAACUUCUUGCCUCUUCCCCUGGUGCACAGCCCAAGGCUCUCAAAGCUCCCUGGUUGGAGCACUAAAGAUGGAACCUUAAACUUGGAAAAGGAACUGAAAGAGUGUGCUGGCAGAGUGUUUGUGGAUUCACAGCCAGAGUUCUGUCUCCCAGAGAGGGAAUUACUGGAUCUGUCAACGAUCGAUGUCAUCUUGAUUUCCAACUAUCACUGUAUGAUGGCCCUGCCCUACAUCACAGAAAACACAGGCUUCACUGGCACAGUGUAUGCCACAGAGCCCACCCUGCAAAUUGGAAGACUGAUGAUGGAAGAGCUGGUGAAGUUCAUGGAGAGAGUUCCCAAAGCUCAGUCUGCCACCUCCUGGAAGAAAAAGGAAAUACAAAGGUUACUUCCUGGACCACUGAAGGAUGCAGUUGAUGUUUGGACAUGGAAGCGAAGCUACGGCAUGCAGGAAGUCAACUCUGCCCUGAGCAAAGUGCAACUUGUGGGUUAUUCACAGAAAGUGGAGUUGUUUGGAGCUGUCCAGAUCUCUCCAUUAAGCUCUGGCUACUCCUUGGGUAGCUCCAACUGGAUCAUCCAGUCUCAUCAUGAGAAAGUUUCCUACGUGUCCGGUUCUUCCCUCCUAACCACACACCCGCAGCCGAUGGACCAAAGUUCCCUGAAGAACAGUGAUGUUCUCAUUCUGACAGGCCUCACCCAGAUGCCCACUGCCAACCCAGACGGCAUGCUGGGAGAAUUCUGCAGCAAUCUAGCCAUGACGAUUCGCGCCGGAGGCAAUGUGCUUGUGCCAUGCUACUCUUCUGGGGUGAUUUAUGACUUGUUGGAGUGUCUGUACCAGUUCAUUGACAGUGCCAACCUGGGUACCACCCCCUUCUACUUCAUUUCCCCUGUCGCCAACAGCUCCCUGGAGUUCUCACAAAUCUUUGCUGAGUGGCUCUGUCACAACAAGCAGUCAAAGGUGUAUCUUCCAGAGCCUCCAUUCCCCCAUGCAGAGUUGAUCCAAAGCAACAAGCUGAAGCACUACCCCAGCAUUCACGGUGACUUUAGCAGUGACUUCCGCCAACCAUGCGUGGUGUUCACUGGCCACCCCUCAUUGCGCUUUGGGGACGUGGUCCACUUCAUGGAGCUGUGGGGCAAAUCCAGCCUCAACACGAUCAUCUUCACCGAACCUGACUUCUCCUACUUGGAUGCUUUGGCCCCCUACCAGCCACUAGCCAUGAAGUGUGUUUACUGUCCAAUUGACACACGUCUUAAUUUCCACCAAGUGUCAAAGCUGCUCAAGGAGGUUCAGGCUGUCCACGUGGUAUGUCCCGAGCAGUACACCCAGCCUCCGGUGAGCCAGUCUCAUCGCUCUGAUCUGAUGCUGGAGCUGCAGCCCCCUCCGAUGCCCUACAGGCGCUGUUCCGUGCUCAGCCUGCCUUUUAGACGCCGUUACGAGCGCGUCUAUAUUCUACCUGAGCUGGCCAACUCUUUGGUGCCCUCUGAGGUCAAACCGGGCAUCUCUGUGGCAACUGUGUCGGCCAUGUUGCACUCAAAGGACAACAAGCACACGCUGUUGUCAGUUCCCAAGCCUUCUCCAGCGCCUCCUACCAAGAAGAGGAAGCGGUUAAUGGAGGAGCCCCCAGCUGGUCAGGCUCCCAAACCCCUCCUCAGUGGUGCUGUACCCCUUGAACCAUUCCUUGUAACUCUGCAAAAGCACGGUAUCACGGAGAUAAAGGUGGAGGAGACGGCAGACGGCUACAUCCUCCACUUGCACGAGGAGGACACACUGAUUCAGCUGGAGGACGAUGGCACACACAUUGUGUGCGACAACAAUGAGCCUCUACGCAUGACACUGCGAGACCUGGUACUGCGCUUCCUGCAGAAAAUCUGAACUGUUACUCAGUAAUCUGACAUGGAAACUUUCCAUCGUAUUUACUCUAAAGCCAUCACAGAUGUUUUGUAAAAUAGUAUUUUGUAUUAAAGAUUCAAAACCAUUCAUGGGCAGGGUGGCAAUUUUUUGCCUUAUUGAGAUAAAAAUCUCCUAAAAGGCCACAAUCAGGGAAAUAACACUUUUUUGUUUGACGUAUAAAACAAAGGGCAAAAAAAGAUGUCCCCUCCCACGGGCAGGGUCCCAAAACUGUAUGUUAUCAGUUCUGUAAUGUGGUACAUACUAAAGAUAUGUUAAUUAAUUCUUAUUCUAGAACGACACGCAUUCAUAAUACUGAUGGAUUAGCAUUUUAAAGACAAACUUGGUUGCAUACUGACCUUUCUUCUCUUGGAAAACGCUCCAUGUGUACUUGAGGCAGCCAUGUUGGGUCAGGAAGGAAAGGGAAAUAAUUCUCUGCUAACUUUGACCGAUGAGUUCUCCUCUCCUGAUACCAAAUUUUGGCUUCAGAUUAAAACAUUUAAAUAUUUUGAUAUACUGAAGGAUAUAGUGCGUGAAAAUCAUGAUGUCCCAAAAAUGGGAUGCUGCCCACGAAUGGGUUAAGAUUAAAGAUAACUUUGUGAUAAGCUUUUUUUUGUUUGUUACUUGUCGCUGCUGCAUCGUUCACAAAAGAUGUAAUACAAUAUUACCAUUUGAUAUUUUAAUUGUCACUCAGUGUACAUGCAGGUAAAAUACAAUAGAUCAUGACAAAAAUGUGCAAUAUAUUGCAAUGUACCAAUGCUGUAAAAAUACAAUUCAUGGGCAGAAAGCAAGCGACAGUGAGUGACUGGCAAGAGAUUUCAGGCUCUUAGCUGACAAACACUUAAAUUGUAGCUAAAAAUAUAAAUUGCUCAUUUUCACGACUAAAAAUAUGGUGAAUUAUUUGUUGUAUUUCACCGGGUCUUAAAAGUGUCCAUUCCAUGCGUAAGAAAACUCUUGGUGCCAUGAUGACCACACAAUGUAACAAGCGUGUACAUUAUAAACCUUUCUUAGCGAUAUUCACUUGAUUCUGAGUAAAAAUUCAAGACAAAGUUGUCCCUUCUUUACACAAGUAUAUUUGGAAGUUUUCUGGUGAGAUGACAUUGCAUUCUGGUCCAACUUGAACAAUAGUGCGAAGUCAUCCUGAAGUGUCAUUUCUGUGUUAAAGAUAGUGGCAUGGCAACUUCAUUGUCAGUCAGAAGAGUCAAUUUUGUCUGGAGUACAACGAGUGAGAUUCAACAAACUGUAUCCUCUGUUUUUAAGCACAACGUUCUCGUCAUCUACUUGGAGUCUUUUUCAGCGUUCAAUAAUGCAGACUGGA